AUGCCGUCCCAGUUUCUGCCGAGGACACAACAAUCGCCUACUGCUUCUCAACCACCGCGGGUUGCUUCUCCACCACCGCGGGUUGGUUCUCAACCACUGCGGGUUGGUUCUCAACCACCGGUUCUUGCUCCUCAACCACCGCCUCCUGUUCCUCCAUUCAUACAAGAACAACCAGACCUAAACAUGGAAGAGGAUUACGAAGAAGAAAACCCUAAUCACAAUCCUGCCGAAGAAGAAAACCCUAUUCCUAAUCCAGCUGAACAAGACUACCAAGCUUUGUUAGAUGUUAUGCUAGCUCUUCCAGGCCGACAACAUCUCCCAAUUUUGUCUGUCGAUCCCAUCCCCGGCGUUGAGACUCUAUGGUUUAACAGACACAAAGGAAAAAUUUCUCGGGUGAUCUCUGGAAUAUUUAGAAGGAAAUUCGAUGGUCCUUACUACAGCUGGAAGGUUACUCCUAGACCCGUUCAAGAGAGAUAUUUCAGGACAUUUGCGCGGAAGUUCUAUUUGGAUACUGGGAUUACUGAGCUUGUUAGAGAGAGGUUCUUAAAGAUAGCCAAGAAGCGAAUGAAAGGCAUUGUUAGUCAAGCUAAAAGCAGUGGUAAACAACCUGUUUGGAUCACCAGUGCAGAACUAUGGGCUGAGAUGUGUGAUCAUUGGAGCUCAAAUGCCUCGCAGUGCAGAAACUCCGAUCGUGGUGGUCUUGGUGUCCACAAACACCUUACCAGUCAGAAAUCAUAUGUGCAAGAAGAAGAAUUGGGCCGUCCGGUAUCAUUUGCUGAAGUGUUCAUGAAGACACACACUCGAGCUGACAGAUCGUUUGUUGAUCAAAAAGCUAAACAAGUAGCUGAGACUUAUGAGAAAACAUUAGAGGAGAGACUGUGUGGAGUGGACGAUGAUGGUCCAGAAAAUUCAGAGAAUUCUUCUGAACGUUCAACUCACCGUACUCUCAGCAUUGAUGAAAAGAAUGAUAUCUUUCUUAAGUGUACUCAAACAUAUGAGAAGGGAAACCUUUUUGGUCUUGGAUCUCUUGUUGAGACACUAAGGAAAGGGAAAAGGAAGGAAAGCUAUGCAGAAUCUUCUCAACCAUCACUUCUCGAGCUUCAUGAACAACUUCGCAAGAAGAUAGCUCAUCUAGAUGCUGAGAAUGCCCGACGUGAGAAGGAGCAUCAAGAGCUUCUCAUCUACGUGAAAGAGAAAGAUCCAGCAUAUGAUACUAUUAUUGCUUCCUUGCGACCAAGAGUACCAGCAACAACACCAGCAACCACACCUGAAGACUCCACACCUGAAGACAACACACCACCAGCCACCGUGUCAGGUACUCACCAGCCACCGAGUUAG